AUGGAAGCGGCUUUGCGAGGAAGGCGUCCUCGCCAAGACAGUCACUUGGCCGACAAAUCGACAACAUCAACAAAUGGUGCCACAGACCAUGGUACUGGCGAUUCCUCCGUGACUACAAACGGAUCGGGUGAAUUUCAAGACCAAAAUGGCGAACAUGAGACUUCCAUUUUCAUUAACAAAGGCACUGAAUCUACUGAUGGAUUCCCUGGAUUGAAAGGUACAGGUGCUGAUAUUGUACCCAUCAGUUCCCCCAAUCACGGGACAACAGGACAUGGAGAUCUUAGCCUCGUCAAAGAUGUCGCGGAACUGUAUCUUGAUGGGGUAUUUGAGAAGCCUGCUGCACAUGAAUUCUACUGUCCUAACUGUAAUGCUUGCAUCAAGAAGGUUGUAAUUCGCCCUGAGCCAGAUGAUAAAUUCAGAUGCACAUCAUGCUUCAGUUUUCUCACACCAAUCGAGGAUGAUGAUGGCAAUUGGUUCUUCCCUCAGGUGGUAGCACAACAUGGCGCUAUACUGAAUGAGCAAGAAACUAACACUGUGCAAGUUCCACCACCUGAUUCAUCAACAUACAAAUCUCCAUCUGGUGGAACACCGCCACUUGAUCAAAACAAAGCUCCAUUUAGUGAAAAAGUACACGAUGAAGAUCCCAAUGCUUCAGCGAUAAACCAAUUUCUAUCACCUGUUGACGCACCCCAGGAAGCUGACAGGAAUAAUAUAGCCCCCUCAAAGCAAGACUCUGAACUACCUGAAGUUAUAAUUGAUGGAGGAAGAGGCCCUGAAGCAGAACCUCUAAUCAUUGUUGAUUCAACUGAGGGAGUAACAGAUUCUGAACCAAGAGGUGCUAAGAAAUUGGAAAUAGUGAAAAGCAUUGUAUAUGGCGGUUUGGUUGAAUCAAUUACAAGUCUAAGUGUUGUGACAUCUGCUGCUAGUGCUGAUGCUCCCACAUUGAGCAUUGUGGCUUUGUCGUUGGCAAACUUGAUUGGUGGAGUUUUCACUAUUGCUCACAAUCUUUUGGACUUGAAAAGUGAGCAGCAGCCUAGAGGAGCCUCCAGUCUAACAAAUGAGCAAGUUGAUCGCUAUCAAGAAAUGCUGGGACGGAGAGAGAAUUUCUUACUUCACGCCACCAUUGCUUUGUUAUCAUUUCUUGUUUUUGGUUUAGUACCACCUGUAGUGUAUGGCUUCACAUUCAUGGAGACCGAUGACAAGAAUUUCAAGCUAGCAGCAGUGGCUGUAGCUUCUCUUUUAUGCAUUACCAUACUAGCCAUUGGAAAGGCUUACAUCCAGAAGCCGCCCAAGCACUACAUCAAGACUGUGCUGCAAUAUUUUGUCACUGGAAUUAUGGCUUCAGGUGUUUCAUACGUAGCAGGUGACCUUGCCCAAAAGUUAAUUGAAAAGCUUGGUUGGUUCAAUUCAGGAGAAGCUGUCCCAAGAAAUAUAUACGAAGCUACGCUUCGAGGGAAGCUUCGUGGAAGCCGCCUCGAUGGCGAUCACCACACUCCAUUUUCUCUUUUGUCGAUGAGUGAUCCUUCUCAAGAGAAAUCAAUGGAAAUACCGUCGAGGAAGUCAUCGGAUCAUGAAGGGAAAGACUCUUCGUAG